AUGACGGCAUUAAAUGAACUAAUACCAUUUCAUGAUUUUAUAACUGAGGUAGAAACAUCUCCUGUAUUUAAUAGCGGCCUUCGGAGUUGCGAAUUACUAUUAGAUGAUAAUGAUGGAGCUUUAGGCAUACAUCAAAUUUUCGAAAUAAAUAUAAAAGAUGAUGAUAAUGAAGAUAUAACAAUUGAAAUAGAUGAAGAACCUGAUCAAAGUGGCGCACAACCAAACGACGACGAAAGUGUUUCAAACGACAUUCCCGAUCCAAAUAUCAAUCAAGAAAUAAUAAAUUAUGUUUAUGAAAAUUUGCUAGAAAAAGGAAAAAACAAUGAAAACUCAUCGAAUAAUUUGGACCCAAAUGACAAAGUUGUAAAAAAAUUAAGGGCAACUUCAAAAAACGAAGAAUUAGAUGAUAAUGAUGAAAAAAAUGCUUCUCCUACCACAUCAAUGGAAGAAAUUCAAGAAAGAAAUUGUACUAUAAUAAAAAAAGACGAAAACAAACUUUCAUUACAAAGCCCCGUUUUAGUUGAAGGGAAAUGCUUCAUAUCAAAUGAUAGCAUUUAUUUUGUUUCAGCGUUCAGUCAAAUAUUAAAAAAUUCAUCGGUUGUUAGAGUAAAAUGUGAAUCAAUCCUAUCAACUAUAAAAGCACACAAAUUUAAUAUAAUUCCUAAAUCCCUUAAAAUAAAACCAGAUGAAACACAAUCAUUUUCGUUUACAAUAUUAUUAGAUAAAGACAAUACAUAUGAUUCGAUAUCCAACAUGAUACAAUAUCCAAUAAAUUCAAAACAAAAACUAGAAAUAAAUCCUAUAUCACACAAUAAAAAACAAACCAAAAACCAAAAUAACCAUCUAGAUUUAGAUCACAUAAAACCUUCUCCCCUAUUCUCGGAAAAUCUUUUAAUUACAAAGGAUAUUGAUAAUAUGAUAUCUAUGAAUUUAUAUCCCGACGAAAUUGAAUUAUUAGAAAAAAAAGAAUUUUAUACUGAUUUAAAAUAUGUAACUAGUCUAUAUAUAAAUAAAGAUUUUAAAGAUCUCUAUUAUAACGUAUUUUCGAAAAAUCAUCCAAAAAAUCCAUUAUAUGAACUUUCUCGCCAAAUGGAUUCACAAGGUAUUAAUUAUGACCAACUUAAUCAAUUACCUGAUACUAUACAAACUCCAUCUGGAUAUUCAUUUAAUCUUAAAUAUAGUGCAUCAUUGGAAAAAGUUAAACAACAGAUGUAUGCAUCAUUUAUGUUACCUUCAAGAGCAGAUAUUAAUGAAACUAUUAAAUUAUUUUUUUUUCAUGAUUGUAUAAUUUUACAAACACAAGUUAACUUUGUAACUAAAAUUCCAUUUCUUAGCUCUUUUCGCUUCGUCAUAACAGCUAUUAUACACGAUCUUCCUAGUGAAAAUUCUAGCGGAAAAAAGAAUACACAGAUAGACAUCUUGUAUGCCGCACAUUUUUUUAAACACACAUAUUUCGAAAACAAGAUAGUACCUGUCCUUUUGCCAUUAUUAGAAUCGAUUUGUUUAAAGUUUAAGGUACACAUAAAUGAAUGUAUACGGGACAUAUAUAAGGACAAAGCCUUCCGUGAAACACCCACCCAAAUUACUAAUAUAAACAAUAUUUUUAGAACAUCCACUACUACCGAUAACAGUAUUACCGAUAACAAUACUACCAAUAACAGUACUACCGAUAACAGUAGUUGUAUUACGAAUAAUCAAAAAUACAAACACCUUGAUGCUAAAAAUAAGACACUAGCUGGAUUCAAAAAUAAAAUAACAAAUCCCCAAAAUAAUAAAAUAGCCAUAAAAACGAAACACUUUGAAAAUAUCCUAGCCAAUUACAUAAACGAAGAAAUCCAUAUCAAUCCCACACUGACGACUUCCGACAAAAGUAACUGA